AUGGUCGUUGACCAUAACCAAUCUAAACUUGAUGUACUUGAUCGUUUUGAUACUGUUUUACGCGAGGAAAUUAAAAUUUUUAAAAAUGAAAUAAAAGAAACAUUUUCUAGCAUUGUCAGCAAGGAAGUUAAAUUGAAUGUUGAAGUAAUUAGAAGUGAUGUCAAAUCAAUCCAGAAAACUUUACAAGAAGCUAGUGAUGUUAAAGAAAGAGAAGCAAAUUUAUUGAUGUUUCGUUUAGCUGAAAGUGAUGAUGAUCGUUCCAAUGUUUUGAAAAUUUUAAAGCAUUUGACAGAUGUUUCUGAAAAAUAUGUAAUCAAAAUAAUGAGACUGGGAGGGAAAUGCGAAACUGUCGUUAGACCCAUUUUGAUAAAGUUAGAUUGCGUUUUACUCAGAGACUCAAUAAUGAGAAAUGUAUAUAAAUUCAAGUCGUUAAAAGAAUUUUCACAUGUUAGACUGAACUAUGAUUUAACAAAGGAUCAGAGGCAGGAAUUCAAAUCAUUUGUUGAUAAAGUUAAAGUUAUGGAGAAGAAAACAAUCAAAAUUGAUCUGAUUAUUUGUUCUCAAGAUUUUCAAAUUUCGGAUAUUAAGAUUUUUCCCAAUGCAGAUGCUGGAUUAUUUUCAGAGCUGUUGCAAAAUAUUGAAGUUGAAUGUAGUAUUUCAUUGCCAAAUGAAAAAUGGAAACUUCACAACAACGUCGCUUCAUUAAAUUCAUCAAGAAACUUUGACGUCGAUUAUAUACAAAAAAAUGAUUUCAAUGAUGAAAUUGGUGAUAAUAUAAAACUAAUAAAGAAGAAAUUAAAUCUGCCAUUAUUUGGUGUAGUUGACCAGAAGCUUAAUAUAAGCCUGUAUGGCCACCCGAGACACAGGAAAAAUUGA